GCCGGUCGGUUGUCUGGCUGCGCGCGCCACCCGGGCCUCUCCAGUGCCCCGCCUGGCUCGGCAUCCACCCCGCAGCCCGACUCACACGUGGGUUCCCGCACGUCCGCCGGCCCCCCCCGCUGACGUCAGCACAGCUGUUCCACUUAAGGCCCCUCCCGCGGCCAGCUCAGAGUGCUGCAGCCGCUGCCGCCGAUUCCGGAUCUCAUUGCCACGCGCCCCAGACGACCUUCCGACGUGCAUUCCCGAUUCCUUUUGGUUCCAAGUCCAAUAUGGCAACUCUCAAGGAUCAGCUGAUUCAUAAUCUUCUAAAGGAGGAACAGACCCCCCAGAAUAAGAUUACAGUUGUUGGGGUUGGUGCCGUUGGCAUGGCCUGUGCCAUCAGUAUCUUAAUGAAGGACUUGGCAGAUGAACUUGCUCUUGUUGAUGUCAUCGAAGACAAAUUGAAGGGAGAGAUGAUGGAUCUCCAACAUGGCAGCCUUUUCCUUAGAACACCAAAGAUUGUCUCUGGCAAAGACUAUAAUGUAACUGCAAACUCCAAGCUGGUCAUUAUCACGGCUGGGGCACGUCAGCAAGAGGGAGAAAGCCGUCUUAAUUUGGUCCAGCGUAACGUGAACAUCUUUAAAUUCAUCAUUCCUAAUGUUGUAAAAUACAGCCCGAACUGCAAGUUGCUUAUUGUUUCAAAUCCAGUGGAUAUCUUGACCUACGUGGCUUGGAAGAUAAGUGGUUUUCCCAAAAACCGUGUUAUUGGAAGUGGUUGCAAUCUGGAUUCAGCCCGAUUCCGUUACCUGAUGGGGGAAAGGCUGGGAGUUCACCCAUUAAGCUGUCAUGGGUGGGUCCUUGGGGAACAUGGAGAUUCCAGUGUGCCUGUGUGGAGUGGAAUGAAUGUUGCUGGUGUCUCUCUGAAGACUCUGCACCCAGAUUUAGGGACUGAUAAAGAUAAGGAACAGUGGAAAGAGGUUCACAAGCAGGUGGUUGAGAGUGCUUAUGAGGUGAUCAAACUAAAAGGCUACACAUCCUGGGCCAUUGGACUCUCUGUAGCAGAUUUGGCAGAGAGUAUAAUGAAGAAUCUUAGGCGGGUGCACCCAGUUUCCACCAUGAUUAAGGGUCUUUAUGGAAUAAAGGAUGAUGUCUUCCUUAGUGUUCCUUGCAUUUUGGGACAGAAUGGAAUCUCAGACCUUGUGAAGGUGACUCUGACUUCUGAGGAAGAGGCCCGUUUGAAGAAGAGUGCAGAUACACUUUGGGGGAUCCAAAAGGAGCUGCAAUUUUAAAGUCUUCUGAUGUCAUAUCAUUUCACUGUCUAGGCUACAACAGGAUUCUAGUUGGAGGUUGUGCAUGUUGUCCUUUUUAUCUGAUCUGUGAUUAAAGCAGUAAUAUUUUAAGAUGGACUGGGAAAAACAUCAACUCCUGAAGUUAGAAAUAGGAAUGGUUUGUAAAAUCCACAGCUAUAUCGUGAUGCUGGAUGGUGUUAAUCGUGUGUAGUCCUAAACUGGUUAGUGUGAAAUAGUUCUGCCACCUCUGACACACCACUGCCAAUGCUGUACGUGCUGCAUUUGCCCCUUGAGCCAGGUGGAUGUUUACCGUGUGUUAUAUAACUUCCUGGCUCCUUCACUGAACAUGCCUAGUCCAACAUUUUUUCCCAAUCAGUCACAUCCUGGGAUCCAGUGUGUAAAUCCAAUAUCAUAUGUCUUGUGCAUAAUUCUUCCAAAGGAUCUUAUUUUGUGAACUAUAUCAGUAGUGUACAUUACCAUAUAACGUAAAAAGAUCUCCAUAUAAACAAUGCAACCAACUAUCCAAGUGUUAUACCAACUAAAACCCCCAAUAAACCUUGAACAGUGA